AUGACUGUUGUACUGGAUACGCAGCUCAACCUCAAGAAAUACAAGCCGAUAAAGGUACCCACGGAGCCUAAUGGGUUUACCUCACAUAACAGUCUUCUCAGCUCCACUCUGACAAACGAUUCUGAUAAGCAUGACAGUCUGGUAGAAGAAACACAGGAGCUUCUGGACGCUCGGAAGUCGCUUGUCCACGAUCUCAAGCUAAGUAGAGAUCAGGUUCAUGAUCCCAUGAUUUCUAUUGACCCUCGCGCUAAGAUCAGUCCAAACCUCCGCCAGAAUAGAUCGUUUCAAAUCUGCAGGAAGCGAGCAGAGAAAGUGAAGACAAUCAUUCAAAGCUACUAUGAGUUCAUCGAACUUUACCAGAACACAGUGCAUUACGAUGAUAGUGAUCCUCAGCGUCCGCUAUACGAAGGAGUUGAGGGAGUAUUUAACCCGUUGCAAAUUAUACGAAACCGACGUAUCAGAAAGAAAUACGAUGAAAAGCUCACUACCUUUCCUCUAGGGGACUACAAACCCCCCUCACGAGUGUUUAGCAAGUACAACAGACAACACCUUAUCUGGCAGGUGAACCUGAACGAAUACUAUACCGAUAUCACUUGGAGAGAAAAGCACUGGCAUGAGUUGAAGAGGCCAAACGGGGAGCUUUGGUUUCCCAAGCUAGACAGCACGAAGCAGAGUCCACAGAAAAAUAGGCGGCUGAAGAGUCUUCAUGAGCAACUGUUUGUUGGAUUUGAUGGCGAGUUUCAGAAGGAGGACGAUGACAGCUCCCUGGACGAUCGACGACUCAGUUCGCUUGCCCGUGUGAACGAAAGCUCUGCGUCUCUUGCUCGACUAGAGCACUAUCGACUGAACAGUUUAAAACGCACUCCUGGCCAUACUAGGUCUUUGAAGAGUGACGAGGAUUUUGAUACCCCUUAUACCCCUUCUUCGCGCAAUUCAAGUAUAGAUAAGCUGAGUUUCCUUUCUCAAGGUGGAAAAUCGAGCGAAUCGCUAUCGCCAGCGCAUCGGACAGAUAGCGAAGAAACAGGAAAUUGCGAUGAUUUUGCGGACCAAAAAAAGAUGUUCAAGGGUCUCCAAAGCAAGCUUGCUCUUGCACAGUCGAGGAUCCGCAUCGCAGACUAUAAUCGCGAGGACAUAAUUGCCUCCAGAGGCCGUGAAAUUAAAAGGCAGCUCGAACUAUUCAAAUCUACGCGAGCGCAAACUAGUCAGAUAUCACAAUCGCUGCAAACGACCAUUAAUAAAGUUGACGCAAUUCUGGACAAAUUCAACCAGUUCAACAACGCCAAGUCGUACAAAAUCGAAGAGUUACUGGGGUAUUGUGACAGAACGAACGGUGAAAUUAAUACAUCUAUCACUUUGAGGAUAAGAAAUAUACAGGAGAAGAAAGAUCAGCUCUCAAACACCAACGAUGAAUGGCUGUUCCAGCUCGUGUACUCAUUUUUGGAAAACUUGAUUGUGUUAGCACUCUGGAUCGUCUGGAUCAUCGUCGAGUUUUGGAGACUCAUCAAACGCAUCUUCUUAAUUUUGAUGAAACUUUUAAAAUUCAUAUUUCUAUAG